CUACUAAGUGCGCUGACGUAAGGUCCAUGUCUGUCCGGUGUCAUUGGUGAAUGACCGAAGAUGUCUCAAAGCAGGUUUUUUGCUCGGUUGCUCUUGCAGCAGGCUGGAGUGAGACAAUGUCAUACAGGCACUAGGAAGAACCUUUACAUCAACAAGAACACUAAGGUCAUUUGUCAAGGCUUCACAGGAAAACAGGGCACCUUUCACAGUCAGCAGGCUCUGGACUAUGGCUCUCAGUUAGUAGGAGGAGUGUCCCCAGGCAAGGGGGGCAAAACACACCUGGGUCUGCCAGUCUUCAACUCUGUGAAGGAGGCUAAGGAUGGCACAGGUGCCGAAGCCACCGUGAUCUAUGUGCCCCCUCCUUUCGCAGCAGCCGCUAUAACUGAGGCAAUUGACGCAGAGAUUCCCCUGGUGGUCUGCAUCACAGAGGGAAUCCCCCAGCAGGACAUGGUGCGUGUCAAACACAAGCUGCUUCGCCAGAGCAAGACACGCCUUGUUGGUCCCAACUGUCCCGGUGUCAUCAACCCUGGCGAAUGCAAAAUUGGGAUCAUGCCUGGACACAUCCACAAGAAAGGAAGAAUUGGCAUUGUAUCUAGGUCAGGCACCCUUACAUAUGAAGCUGUACAUCAGACCACGCAAGUGGGUCUGGGACAGUCAUUGUGCAUUGGUAUUGGUGGUGACCCGUUUAACGGCACUAACUUCAUUGACUGUCUGGAGGUGUUCCUGCAGGACCCCAAAACAGAGGGCAUAAUUCUGAUUGGAGAGAUUGGCGGAGAUGCAGAGGAGAAUGCGGCAGCGUACCUAAAACAGCACAACUCUGGUGCCAGUGCUAAGCCAGUGGUGUCAUUCAUUGCCGGCCUGACGGCCCCUCCUGGAAGGAGAAUGGGGCACGCAGGAGCCAUCAUCGCCGGAGGCAAAGGAGGUGCCAAAGAGAAGAUUGCCGCCCUCCAGUCUGCUGGAGUCGUCGUCAGCAUGUCUCCAGCGCAGCUGGGCAGUACCAUGUUCAAGGAGUUUGAGAAGAGGAAGAUGUUGUAACUUGUUAGAGACAAGUACAGACAGACUGCCCUGCCUGCCUAAGGACCUUCAUCCUUGCUGGAGUCCAUCACCUCCCUCCAGGCUCAACAGUGCGCACACCUUUGUGUUUUCAUCAGAUUCUAUGAGUUCAUGCUCCGUAUUUGCACCAGAGGAAAUAAAAAAAAAAACAUUUAAAAGUCUAUCACAGUCUCCUUGUUAGAAGUGUACAGCACAUCCACUAGACCCUUGUAUUUCAGCUACACUUCGAGCAAAGUCUGCCCUGUGUUGCUUUUUGUGAUAUCCCAGUGCUGUAUGAAUUCCAUCUCUUAUGUUCUCUCUCCCUCUGAAAUGGCAAAUAUAUCUCUUAUGCUCUGA